AUGCCCCCCGCCGCGCGCCACGCCGGCGGCCGCGCGCCCGCCGCUCCCCGUCUCGCGCCGCUGGUGGCGCCGGCGGCGGGGCGGCUGAAGGGAUGCCCGGAGCUGACGGUGGAGGGCGACAUGCGGGAGAUGGCCAAGACGGCGGCCUGGAGCGUCAGCUCCUGCAAGCCCGGCAACGGCGUCGCCUCCAUCCGCGACGACAGCCUCGACACCUACUGGCAGUCGGACGACGCGCAACCGCACCUGGUCAACAUCCAGUUCCAGAAGAAGGUGCAGCUCCAUCUUGUUGUGCUCUACGUGGAUUUUAAGCUGGACGAGAGCUACACGCCCAACAAGAUCUCCAUCCGGGCCGGCGACGGCUUCCACAAUCUCAAGGAAAUGAAAACGGUGGACCUUUUGAAGCCAGUAGGAUGGGUUCAUAUAUCAUUAUCUGGCACUGAUCCCCGAGAAACAUUUAUUCAUACAUUUAUGCUCCAAAUCGCGGUGUUGGCCAAUCACCUGAAUGGGAGGGACACCCAUGUCUGGCAGAUCAAGAUAUAUGGGCCACGACCGGUUCUGGUAGCGACGAUGACGGUCGUCAAGAGGUUCGUGGACUGGACGGUGUCGUGGCUGCCGAUGUACAGAGAAGCAAAGCUGCUGCUCGUUCUCUACCUCUGUCACCCCAGCACACGGAGUGCGGGGAACGGGGCACGUGUACGAUGGCUUCCUCCGUCCGCUGGUGGCGAGGCACAAGGACGACAUCGACCGGUCCAGUUGGAGCUGAGGGCCAGAGCGAGGGACGUGACUGAGUCGCAACUCAAGGCGGCAGCUGCCGUCAGUCAGGUGUGGCUCUUCGAGGCUAUCCAAUGUGUUUCGUCACAGCUGCAGGCCGCGAGAUCAGGCCGGGCAGGCGCCGCACAUUGA